AUGGGAAGCGUGCUCGGCAAGAUAUCGGAGGAGCUCCCGAGGCACGAGGUCCUCGCGAAGACCGCGGCGUACGAGAUCCGGAGGUACGCGCCGUGCGUCGUCGCGGAGACGACGUACGUCUCGAGAGAUGGGAUGUUCAGCGGAGACCAAGGCGGGAGCUUCAUGAAGCUCGCGAAGUACAUCGGCGUCAUGGCGAAGCCGCAGAACGCGGAGGCGGCGCCGAUCGCCAUGACGUCGCCCGUUCUCAUGGAGCGCGCCCCUGGAGGCGGCGGCGGGAGCGGCGGGGGCGGCGGGAGCGGCGACGGCGACCAUGGGUUCAAGAUGUGCUUCUUCCUCCCGGCGAGUCGGUUCCGGAAAGCCGCGGACGCGCCGACGCCGACGUCCCCGGAGGUGGCGAUCAGAGACGUUCCCGCGCGGGUGAUGGCGACGAAGACGUUCAGCGGGAACCUGUGCCAGGCGGCGGGGUACAACCCGCCGUGGACGCCGUGGUUCCUGAAGACGAACGAGGUCAUGCUCGAGGUGCAGGGGUACUGA